AUGGAGUAUUUUGUUGAAAAAUAUGGAAUACCAGGAGUCAUCGGGUGUAUUGAUGGCACACAUAUUGCCUUACAAAGGCCGACAGAGAAUGAACAUAUGUUCUUCAACCGUAAGGGAUAUCAUAGCCUUAAUGCAAUGAUAAUAUGUGAUCACGAAUAUAAGAUAUUGGCUGUAAAUUCUCAAUAUGGAGGCGCAGCUCACGACAGCUUCAUUUGGAAGCACUCUGACCAAAGGAAAUACCUUGAAGGACAAUAUCGAUCGAGCCCCAGCAGGAGUGCUUGGCUUUUAGGUGAUUCUGGAUAUCCACUAGAACCGUGGUGUAUAACACCCUACCGCAGCCCGGGGGAAGGGUCAAGUGAGUCAACUUUUAAUGAAGUGCACUCUAAAGCUCGAUGUGUUGUGGAGAGAACAAUUGGCAUUCUAAAAGGUCGAUGGAGAAUUUUGGGAUAUGGGAAAAGAGGCAGAUACAAGCCAGAAAAAGUAGCACGAAUUGCAAAUGUGUGCUGCGCUCUCCAUAAUAUAUGUAUCACAUAUAAUAUUUCUUAUUCUCCACCCAGUAUACGAGAUGACGAACUUGACCACACAGAUUUACAUCACACAGAAGAAGCAUCGCUUCUAAGAGCAGCACAAGCGAUAAGAAAUAAUAUUAAAAACUCUAUUUGUAACUAA